UAAUGUCAUUGUAAAAGUCAUUUGUCUUCUUUUUUCUUUCUCCUCCUCCGCCUCCUCUCUUCCUCCUCAAUAGCCUCAAAAUUGGUACCUUAGCCAAUCUCCUCCUCUGAUUUUGGCUCAUCUCAUCACGAAGACUGCUUAGUCCUCUAGUUCUAGUUCGAUUUUAGAAAGCGAUUUCUUAUGGGUUUUUCAGAUUACCGACCAGAAUUUCUUGGGUAAAUUGUAAAUUUAUCUCUUUAAACAUUUUGUAGGUUCUCUUCCAUUCCUUGAUUGAUUUUGCAUUCCUUUGUCAAAGUGGUGGUGACAUAGGCAGUUUUAUCUUUUCUUGAAGAAAUCAAUUUUUUUGGGUUUUCGUCGACUUGAUCUGGUUUUUUUUGACUCGAUUGGUUUCUUAUCGUCGAUAACCCUCAAUCUUUUUUUAUAUCUUUAGAUCUUGGGUUGAAUUUCUCUCACCUCAAAUCCCUAGCUGCCUAUGUCAUCGAUGCUUCACCUUGUCAAUUGAUUCUCCACCGCCAAACCCAUCAGAUUCUAUCUCGCGCGGCAAUUGGGAGACCAAUUGGCUUCAAUAUUGCCACCGAUUGAUCAGUCGGGCUUCUUCUAUCGUUGUCCCUCUCAAUUUCAUCUCCAAAUCAGCUUCUCAGAGUAGUUCACUGGCACAAGAGUCUAUCAAGUGUGGGAGUUGAUGUUUUCGUACUAUAAGCUUUCCCCUCCAAAGUCCCGAAACUCUGCAAAACUAUCUCAAAAUCCUGAAACUACCCUCAAACCCCGAUGAUGGAAGAAUCAUCAUCAAAGAAACAACGAUCUGAUCAAUCCCACAACUCCUCAACCCGACCCGACCCGAUCCUCCAAAAACCACCGGAAUCAUCACCAGCCACGAAAUUCUCAUUCCCGAGACUCCUCCUCUGGUUCGAUCAAUCAAAUCGCGUUAAAACUCUUCUCUCAUGGUCCAUCUUCUUCCUCCUCGCCGUCAUCGUCCCAAUGAUCUCACACUUCGUGCUACGUUGCGCCGACUGCGAUUUCAAACACCGCCGGCCUUAUGACGGUUUGGUUCAGCUCUUGUUAUCGAUCUUCGCAGUUAUCUCGUUCGUUAGUCUCUCGGAUUGGUCCAAGAAGUAUGGAAUCCGAAGGUUCCUCUUCUUCGAUAAGCUUAAAGAUGUGAACGAUAAAGUUAGGAUCGGAUACGAAGCUGAGAUCCAGAGAUCAAUGAAGCUACUAGCUAUCUUCAUCCUUCCAUCGGUAACGCUACAAGCUAUCUAUCGUAUCUGGUGGUAUGCUUCAGGCUUCAACCAAAUCCCUUACAUCAUAAACCCAAUGCUGAGCCAUGUCUUAGCCUGUACACUUCAGCUCUCAUCUUGGCUUUACCGUACAUCACUCUUCAUCAUCGCUUGUAUCCUUUACCAAAACAUCUGCCACCUUCAGGUCCUCCGUCUCGAUGAGUUCGCCCGCUGCUUCGCCUCUGAGAUCACUGAUUUUA